AACCUGUCUCGCGUGCAUUAGGCAUAGGAAAGAAGGGAAAACGUGAGAAGAGUGAGAGAAUUUUGCAGAGUAAAGAAGAUGGCUCAGCAGGUAAAAGACAUGAUGGGGAGGAUGGGGAAAGGCCCCGCUGGACUCGGUACAGGUGUCAGAUUGGUUUUGGCAGCAGGAGCACUUGCAUAUGGAAUCAAGGAAUCUAUUUAUACAGUGGACGGUGGCCACCGUGCUGUCAUCUUCAGCCGUAUUGGAGGAGUCCAAGACACGAUUUAUGCAGAAGGCUUGCACUUAAGGAUACCCUGGUUCCAGUACCCGAUCAUAUACAACAUCCGCUCCAAACCUCGGAGAAUCUCCUCACCCACAGGAAGUAAAGAUCUCCAAAUGGUCAACAUCAGUCUGCGUGUCCUGUCCAGACCUGCCGAGGCCAACCUUCCCAGGAUCCUCCGCCAGCUAGGCACCGACUAUGACGAGAGGGUCCUGCCAUCUAUAUGCAAUGAGGUCUUGAAGAGUGUUGUUGCGAAGUUCAAUGCAUCGCAGCUCAUUACGCAGAGACAGCAGGUGAGUUUGCUGAUUCGUAGGCAGCUGACGGAGAGGGCUAGCGACUUUGGGCUCAUCCUGGACGAUGUCUCCAUCACAGAGCUCAGCUUCGGCAAGGAGUACACUGCAGCUGUGGAGGCCAAGCAGGUGGCCCAGCAAGAGGCCCAGAGAGCGAUGUUCCUGGUGGAGAAAGCCAAGCAGGAGAGAGCCCAGAAAGUGGUCCAGGCAGAGGGUGAAGCGGCCGCCGCCGAAAUGUUAGGCAAGGCCAUUGCUGAGAAUCCAGGGUACCUGAAGCUGAGGAAGAUAAGGGCUGCCCAGAACAUUGCCAGGACGGUGGCUUCAUCUCAGAACCGGGUCUUCCUGAAUGCCAGCAGUCUGAUGCUCAACCUCGGGGACAAAGAAUUCUACGAAGACUCGGAGAGACUCGGCAAGGCUUCCAUCAAGAAGUAGCCCCAGGAUACUAAAAGCUUUGACAGCUUUAGAUCGCUUCGCACGAGGUGGCAGUUAAUUGGCCAGUUUGUCACAGAGGAAAGAAUAAGAAAUGUAUGGAUUUAUUACAAAAAACUGAUCUUGGUUAAAAAGGGACCUUUUUACAUUUUUCCGCAGGUGGACGUUUGAUUUGCUCAUUUUCCUCAGAUUGUAUUGUUGGAUGGUUGCUAGUUUUACUCCCUCCAUGCCAAGAUGACUCAGGAUGCAUAACCCCAACCUUUCCUUAACUGCUGUUAGUGUGUUGUAGUUGUCAAGAGUUUAGGUCAAGCCAAGGACAGCAUGUUUAAAUGAAAAAAUUUUGGCAUUUCGAAUUUGUUCUUACAUAGAGCAUGUAGAUCAUAUUAGGCUGUGUAGCCUGAAUGAUUUAAAAGGACUCUUUUAAGUUUUAAGUUCCAUUCAUGAUUGUUAUAAUUACGGUUUUAUCCUUACCGAGCACCAGUUAGUCUGUAAUGGAAUCAGUUGUAUCGGCCUCAUUGAAAAUUCUUAAUGUAUGAUCUAUCUGAGGCUAUGAAGUCCAUUGCAGUGCCCAGCUUUUCUUUACAGACCCCCAGUCAUUUAAGGUUUGCUAAGAUAAUAGUCUUUGCCCUUUUUUAAUACCAUUAUCUGAUCAUGGAAGCUAAGUUAGUGUGUCAGUUUUCACUGAUGUCAAUGGUUCAACUUCUACAAUUUCUGUUUGGAAAAGACUUACAUGUAUCUGAUAUUGUGCAUGAUAUGUUUGUUAUGAUUGAGAACUUAAAAACAGACUUGCAGUGUACAUGUACACAAAUGAAUUGGAUUAAAAAAGAGCCAAAAGAAAAAAAAAUCAAGAGUUCUGUUUUUGUUUCAAAAAGGAAGUGGUUGAAUUGGUAAAAAAAAGUGAAAAUUACCCUGGAGAGAGCACUCUGCACUGAAAUGUCGCUCUGUAGCAUUUGUGGUGUCGAUUUACUGUGCAAUGUCUUAUCUAGCACAGGUUUGAGUUCUGCAGUUGUUUGUGCACCAUUAAACUACUCUACCAUCUUACUUUCUGAGAAAUUCUAACAUCUUCCCUACAAACAAAAUGUGUAACUCGCACCAAGUUAUACGUGAAGACAUUUUAUUUUCAAUUAUAUAAUCACUGUUAAGUACCAUAUAGCCCUGUCCACUUCACUAAAUGUUCUACAUAUUAAAGUGAACUGUUUUUUAAUAUUUUUUACAAUAAUGCAAUAUAAUUCACCAGGUUUGAUAAAAUUAAUGUUUUACAAUGUACAGAUGGUAGGUACACGUAAUUUCAGUUGGUAAUAAAUCACUGCUGUGUACAUACAUUUUUGACAAAUCCAUCAUGCAUGAUACAUACCUUUAAAACUAAAGUUAUAGGCCAAUACCUUACACAGGCUUUGAAAUGACCUGAUACGACUUAACAGUUGUCUGUUUAGGCAGAGGCUAGUGUAUUAAGUUAAUACAUCUCCAUUAGAACGAAAUCCGUUGAAAAAGUCUGUCUUAUAGAAGUUUACUUAUGGCCUCUUAUUUACAUCACUACAAAUAUACACAUUAAUAAAACAAUGGCCUCAAAAUGUGA